UAUGCUGCCAGUCGAUUUUUUUAUGCGAAUGCAAAAAUGCAGAGAGUUUGCACCACAAUACUGAAAUAUCCAUUAUGCUUACAGCUGUACGUUACAGCUAUACAUCCACGACAGAUGCUGUUGCUAGCUUUUAGCAUUUAGCCUUCUGUAGGUAAACAAAGCGACUGAGGAAGGUUCCGCUUGACACGGAAACGAACAUACAGGAGCACGAACUGUAAUAAGUGCGUUAGCUUCCAUUUCAUUGAGAGGUUCAGCUCUGUCUUCAUGGAGUCUCUCAACACGUUUGAAUCUGAGAUGGAGGCUGAUGGACAGGGGAACUACUCUCUGUUUCCUGCUUUGGACAGCAUUGCUAGUCUAUCUGGGACUUCAGAAACUCUGGAGAGUGAACCACCCAGUGAAAUUGCAGAGAAACCAAACCUCACAUGGCUGGAUGCUGCACAGAUUGUCUUGGAAGAAGCUGGACGCCCCAUGCACAUAAAGGAGAUUAAACAGAGAAUCAUUGACAGAGGACUUGUGCAAUCCAAUGCAAAGUCAAGCCUGGAAGCUGUCAUGUACCGUGAGACACAAAAAGGCAGCAGGAGAUUCAAGAGGAUUGAAAACAGAAACGGAGUCUUUGCAUUGCUGGAGCGGCAGCAGACCCUGCAGGCCUUCACUGCCCAGUCUUUCCUCAGCUCUCCGCAGCAGAACACCAUCUCCAGUUCCGGCUCAGGUGCCUCGGCGGCCGCCUUCCCGUCUCCCACCAGCUCCUCGGAGCACAAGGCCAAGAUGAAGAGAGGUCCGCGGAAAAACCAGAACGAAAAGUAUAGACUCAAGUACCUCAGGCUGCGCAAAGCUGCUCGUGCCAUGAUAUUUGAGAAUGCUUCUCUCUGUGAUGAAGUCGCUCACUUGGAAGAGAAGUUUCUGAGAGCAAAGGAGGAGCGCAGGUUCUUACUGAAGUCGUUGCUGCAGUACCAGUCUCUGUCAGAGGGAGAGAUGCUGCCCACCCCCAGCUCUAGCUCUCAUCCACCUGCGCCGCCGGUGGCAUUAACCUCCGGUCCUGCAGGGACUUCAGGCCUGUCUGGGGCUCAUAACCUCACAUCUGUGGUGUCAGCCGGGGAGGAAGGACUGCUUAAAAAACCCAAGAAGGAAAGGAAAGAACGAGGGAGGGAGAACGGAAAGGAAGAGCUUCCAAAGAAGAUGUCGAAGAAGAGGAAGCUAGCAGACGGAUCUCGGAAGCUGGUGCAGCCCAUCCCCCUCGACUCGUCUGGUCGUCCUGUUUUUCCCAUCGUCCUCGGAGGGUUAACGGUUUACAGUCUGGGAGAGAUCAUCACAGACAGGAUGUUGUUCCAUGACGAGUGUGCCAUCUACCCAGUGGGAUUCUGCAGCACACGCAUCUUUGCCAGCAUGAAAAUCCCCGACCAGCAGUGCCUCUACACCUGCCAGAUCAAGGAUGGGGGAGCAGGUCCACAGUUUGAGAUUGUGCCUGAAGAAGAUCCUCAGAACGCCAUCGUGGCCUCCUCUGCCCUGACGUGUCAUUCCAAUCUACUGAAGGCCGUCGCGUCUGUCAGUUCCAAGUCUGUGGCGCCGAUUGUGCCGUCAGGAGCCGACUUCUUUGGCUUCUCUCAUCCCACCAUCCAGAAUCUCAUCCAGAGUUGUCCUGGAGCUCGCAAAUGCAGCAACUACAGAUGGAUCCGCUUUGAGGUUUGUCGUCCUGGUGACGGUCAGGUUCCUCACAGCUUGUCAGAGGACGACGCCUCAGUCAACUUUGAAGCCUACCAGAGACACCAGGGCUUUGAAGAGAACAUCAAGACAGAACACAUCCCAGGACAAACACCACAGUCUCCCAGCUCCUCUCAUCAGCACCACCUCACCUCCCCCACCAUGAAGCCCACUACUUCAUACUUCAGCUCCUGAUAAUUUGACCACCUCUGAAAUUUCAGGCCAUUGCUGAUGUCAGUAGCUGUGAAUUUUCAUUCUAAUUUACAAGGCCUGCAGUAUGUUUUUCCUUCCUGGUUCAGUAUUUCAGAAAACUAACUUUUAUGUUCCUCGCAAGUCGAAGCUGUUAUUUAUAUCAUCUUCUAGCAAGCCUCAGGCAGCAUUACUGUGGAUGUGUGCUAGCAUAGCUGAUGCUAAUGUAUUCAUUCGUUUAGCUUUGUGCUUAAAGUGCCAAUAACAACAUAAAGCCGAAACCUGAAAAACUGUAUAAACACGUCUGUGCUGGGCUUUAGAAACUGAGCCCCAGCUGAAAUUAUGUUUCAAAUUCAGUUAGCAUAAUCUUGUUAAUUGGUGAUUACACUUAAAACUAAACAAAUGCUUCCCCAUACGUAGGCUUUAAUGCAUACUGUUGCAUUGCUAUUUAAUUUAAACAGUAUUCCAAUGUGGACCUUGCAUUUAAUCUUUCUCUCCAGCUAUAACAACAGGCUCAUCUCAGAUUAAUCAAUAAUUUCAUUCUAUUUUGUUCUGUGUUGCUUUAAAUGUAAUGGACCCUGGCAAACUUACGUUUUCAUUUCACACUUAUUUGUGCAAAUUAUGUUAUUUCAAAAUGACUUGUUGUAAACUUAAGCAGUUUCUCCUGUUAAAAUAAAAAAAAAAAAAGUGUCAUGGUUUUCUAUAA